UUCUUUCACUUCUCGAACUCUUUAUCUUCUAAACUUGCAUUCUUCAUCCAAUGCCAAACUCCAGAAUCUUUGAUAAAUCUUACAAACCAGAUGGAACAAGUUUUGUUCAAACUGGUUUUACACUAGCUCAUCCUGUGAGUACCAACACUUCUCCUCCAACCCAAACAAAUGAAAGGAGAGGCAGGCGAAAACAAGCUGAACCAGGGAGAUUUCUCGGUGUUCGAAGACGUCCAUGGGGUCGAUAUGCAGCCGAAAUUAGGGAUCCUACUACUAAAGAACGGCACUGGCUUGGAACUUUUGACACUGCACAAGAAGCAGCUCUUGCUUAUGAUAGAGCUGCUUUAUCCAUGAAAGGAACACAAGCUAGAACCAACUUUAUGUACACUGAUAAUACCAACUUUCACACACUUCUUACACCAUUUAGCACACAAAAUUACCUGCCACAAGCAACCCAUCUUACUCCCCCACCUCCACCACCACCUCCUGCUCAAACCCAUGAACCCAUUAGACAAAACAACACAUUUCCCAUACCCAUUCAAUACCAUAACCAUAUCACUUCUUGUGCACCACAAGCUUCAUCGUAUGAGUCUGAUAACAGUGACAUUAACAACUUCUUUUUCUCUUCAUCUGAUAAUGGUUCUGGUUAUCUAAGUAGUAUAGUUCCUGAUAGUUAUCUGAAACCAUUACCCUCGUCCAAUCUUAACCAUGCCCAUUUGAGCUUCGAAAAUAUCGUGUCUGGCGCCAGUGGUGAUCAAAACUUUUGUACUAGCACUGUUGACACUUUGUUUCAUCACGCAUCAUCAUUAUCUCCAACUGAUGAAACGCAACUCAACAGAAGUAGUAAUGGAACUUUAGAAGAUGCAUUAAUCGGGUUAUCUAAAUCUUCAAACUCCGAGAACAGCUCGUCUUUCCUAGAUGAGUUUAACAAUUAUGGUUUUUGGGGUGGUGAUCAUGAACAACAACAAGCAUGGGAAAUGAAUUCAUCAACAAAUAGUUACAGCCAAAUUUUACCUGUUGAUCAUCACCAUGCACUUAGUGACAAUCCAUUAAUGGUGGAAGAUGGAUGUAUGGGAGCUUUAUAUCCUACUUACAGUACUUUCAUGUCAUCACAAGCCUCUUCAUCUUCGGACAUUUAUUCUCCUUCAUUUUUCUUUUAAUCUAUAUGUUAUGUUAUUAUAGUAUGUCUUAAAUUCUACU